CUGCCGCCACAGCCGGCCUCGGCUAUUCCUCUCUGAUGUUACGGUGCCUAGUCUCAAUGUUAUCUUCCAGCGAUGCAGCGGCCGCCUCAUGCAAUUGGUCUGAUGUGGCACGUUCAUGGUGAAAUGCGGCUUUCACGGUUUACGCGAAAUUGGCUCCUCCGCGUCACCGGGCGCAGCUUCGCUCGUGUACCGUUAUUGGCUAAGAUCAUGUUCGGCCAUCUUAACCUACAUUGUUCAUGCAGCACUAAUCCCGUUCGGCGCAAGCGGACAUCCGUCUUAACGCAGGCAUGUGUACCGCAGUGCGAGCAUCGGCGUGUCGGAAGUGGAUUUUUGGGGCUCGGAUCUAGUGUGCUAAUGAUAUGGCAGUUGGACAGGGCGUGCGGUCUAGUUUUCUGCUGCCGCCUCAAGCCCAUCAGUAUCUUCCGCAACGUAUUACAAUUAUGAGACGCUACUCUGACAUGAUCGUACCUCAGAAUACAUAUGCAUUGUCUCACCUUGGCACUCCAUCGUUUGUCACCUGGCAUCAAGGCAAUUUCGCGCAAGAUUGUUUGUUUCAUGUCCGCGACAGGAGCUGAUGCAGUGACCUCUAAUCCGACCCAAGUUGCUUUCUGAAGAAACGUCUGACGACUGUGGUUCCCUGGUGUGCAGGCAUCGC